UGCUCCUGUUUGGUGUGUGCAGGCGGCGGCACUCCUAGCAGCCAAGCGCGAGCGAGCGAUCCUGAGCUGCCAUGGCGACCAGCGAGGGCAUCCAGAUGGCGGUGGGGCUGGACGGCGCCAGGGGGCGCCCGUCGCCGGAGCCGCUUCGGCUUCCGCCGCGGGCGGUGCUCGCGGGCUCCGUCGACGGUGCCGCCGGCAAGGAGGCGGUUCCGGCGGCGGCGCGCGGUGAUCGCGCUCGAGCGCCGGGGACGGAGACCGCGUACUCCGUCUCUCUCAGCGUGCCGGCGUCGCCGUCGGGUCUGCACCUGGCGCAGCUCGGCGCGUGCGCGUCCGUCCGCAGCGACGGCGGCGACGCCGUGCGCGUGGCGCCGGUGCCGGCCGAGGCGACGCCAGAGCCAGACGCGCGCCAACACGCGGAGGCCACCGAGGAGGCGCCGCCGCAGCUGCUGAAGCAGGCGCGGUUCAACUCGCAGCCGACGCUGACCAUCAGGACCGAGGAGCCGCCGCUGCAGCGCAUGCGCACCGUGUCGCGCAGCGACAGCACGCGGGACCGCCGCUUCGACCAAUUCAAGACCUUCUCCGGCCGCCUCGAGCGCCAGCUCUCCAACCUCCGCGGGGUGCCUCAGGACCCGGCCGAGGUCGAGCCCGCUGACUCCAAGAUCUCCGAGGAGGAGACCGACGACGAUGAGGUGCCCACCGCCGACCGCUACUUCGCCGCGCUCGAGGGGCCCGAGCUCGAGACGCUCAGGCCGACGGAGGUGUCGGCGCUGCCCGAGGACGAGACGUGGCCGUUCCUGCUGCGGUUCCCGAUCAGCGCGUUCGGGAUGUGCCUGGGCGUGAGCAGCCAGGCGAUGCUGUGGAAGGCGCUGCAGUCGGAGCCCGCCACGGCGUUCCUCCGCGUGAGCCCCGACGUGAACCACGCGCUCUGGUGGGUCUCCGUCGCGCUCAUGGCCCUCGUCUCCUCCAUCUACCUGCUCAAGGUGGUGUUCUACUUCGAGGCGGUCCGCCGCGAGUUCUACCACCCCAUCCGCGUCAACUUCUUCUUCGCGCCGUGGAUCGCGUGCCUCUUCCUCGUCAAGGGCCUGCCGCGGCCGGUGUGGACGAUCCACCACGUCGUCUGGUACGUGCUCAUGGCGCCCAUCUUCUGCCUGGACCUCAAGAUCUACGGCCAGUGGAUGUCUGGCGGCGACCGGCGGCUGUCCAAGGUGGCGAACCCGACGAACCACCUGGCCGUGGUCGGUAACUUCGUGGGCGCGCUGCUGGGCGCCCGGAUGGGGCUCCGCGAGGCCCCCAUCUUCUUCCUCGCCGUCGGGCUGGCGCACUACGUGGUGCUGUUCGUGACGCUGUACCAGCGGCUCCCCACCAACGUGCAGCUCCCCAAGGAUCUCCACCCGGUGUUCUUCCUCUUCGUGGCGGCGCCCAGCGUGGCGUCCAUGGCCUGGGCCAGGCUCUGCGGCGAGUUCAACUACGGCGCCAAGAUCGCCUACUUCAUCUCGCUCUUCCUCUACAUGUCACUGGUGGUCCGGAUUAACUUCUUCAGGGGCGUCCGGUUCUCGCUGGCGUGGUGGGCGUACACGUUCCCGAUGACGAGCGCCGCCAUCGCGACGACGCUGUAUGCAUCGGCGGUGACCACCGUGCUCACCCGGGCGCUGGCGGUGGGGCUCUCCGGGAUCGCGUCCGUGACGGUCACCGGCGUGCUGGUGGCCACCAUGUACCACGCGUUCGUGCGCAGGGACCUGUUCCCCAACGACGUGCCCAUCGCCAUCACGCAGCGGCCCAAGGCCAAGUUCAGCAAGAUCCUGGCGCACCUCCGCUCCUCCGGCACCGACGUCAAGGAGCUCGUCUUCUCCGUCUCCAGGCACGGCGGCUCCGACACCAGCAGCGAGUCGCCGUCCCCGAUGGCGCGCGGCCGCGGCGGGGAAGAGCCGUAGGCGCGGUGACCAUGGAUGAGCAGACGGCCGCGUCGAUUUGUAGUUGAGCUAUUACUCAACUCCCGAUCACCUGUACAGGCUUCAGAGGAGUUCUUCGGAUUUGAUUUUCAUCCGUGCAGAUGCUCGCGUACGUGGCACGCUAGCCGACAGGCAGCUAGAGAUAUGUGUCCUUUGAGCGAUUGCCAUGACAAGGAUGCAAUCACGGGAAUGGCACUAGUUCAACUGAGUUUCUUGUACAUUUGGUUUUUACUUCUUUUAUAUAUUUUUAAUUGCAAGUUUAUGAGGCUAGCUCAUGAACCUUUUCUUCAUCAUGUAAGAAACCUUUUCCUCUGAAAUCCUUCUUCAAAGAAA